AGCAAUGAUUGAGAUUAAGUUGUCGCACCACCAAUUCCACUACUUUGAGGAUUCAUCGACCUUCAUUUCUAAGGUUGAUAUUAAAGAAUUCUUACUUGAGGAAGAGUUGAAUGUUUCCAUGAUACAAACAUUCAUGAGGCUAUUAUACAAUGAUUUGAGGCCAUCUAGUGAGCUAAUGUUCGGUUGGUUAUGUGCAAGCUUAGUACGAGAUGACAGUUGCGUACAAAACCAAAAGGAGGUGAAAGCAUAUCUCAAGGAUUCUUUGAAAGCAUGUUCUCGUCUUGGACAUAAGAUCAUCCUUUUUCCUUACAUUGAAUCGAACCAUUGGACACUGAUUGCAAUAUGUUUGCCAACUAACGAAGUCUACCACUUCGAUUCUUUGCGUAAAGAAACAAUACAGUCCUUACUAGUCAGAUCAUUGUUAAAUAGGUAGCCUAAUCGAAACUCAAU